AUGGCAAAUGUUCAGUUCAAACGCAAAGACGCAACAUUAAACACAAUGUUGACAAUCAAUAAAUUAAAACUUCUUUUGGCCAUAAUACUGGUAUUGCAAUUGUCUCCCGUGGGCUUUUGUAGGACCAGGGCGAAAGCCAGAAAAACAGGGGCUAGAAAAGUGUCACCUCGAAUUGUUGGUGGCACUACGACGAGUAUAGCUAAUGUGCCCUAUGUGGUUCAACUACGUGAAAAUGGCAGAUAUAUAUGUGCGGGCGCUUUGGUGGGAAGACGUUUUGUGGUGACAGCUGCCCAUUGUAUAGUUGGAGUUACUCCCGCCCAACUAACCGUAGUCGGUGGAGCCUCCAGUCUCACGCAAACUGGUGUUAGGCGAGCUGUUAACAAAAUUAUACGCCCAAGGGGAUAUACUGAAACCACAUUGAAUAAGGAUGUGGCUGUGAUCAAAUUAGCCUCCGACAUGACUGGCUCUAACAUCGCGACAAUUCCCCUAAAUACCCAACGAUUGACUACGCGAUUGAAUGUACGAGUUUCCGGAUGGGGCCAAACGAGCGAAAACGCGACAGGAGUUGCCAGAAAUUUACGUACCGUUGUUGUGCCAAUUGUAGGUAAGCAGGGAUGUGCCCGUCAAUACAGUGGAACAAUUGCCCUUACAGGAUCCAUGUUCUGUGCUGGACAAGCUGGAAGGGAUUCCUGCAUUGGUGACUCCGGAGGUCCCGCCGUUGCAAACGGCCGUUUGGUAGGCGUUGUUUCAUUUGGAAAUGGCUGUGGACGUGCUCGCUUUCCGGGAAUCUACACUUCCACUCGAUCCACGAGAAGCAUCAUUCUGAGAGGUUUAAGGCAAUAAGAAAUAAGUAUUUUUUUGUUUAGAUAAGUUAU